AAGCAAAGACAUGAAGAUUUUUUUAUUUCUGUUCCGUGGUCAGGUGAUGAAUACUGGAAAAUGUGAGCAGAACAGGUUAAUGGGUUACGUACCAUAAGUACAGUUACCGUAUACGAUUAUACGUUGAGCUUGAAUACAAAUACUUGAAUGCAAAUUUCGGAAUUUGUUGUGUGUCAACUUAUCAUUCAGUCAUUAUUACCGGUAUUAUCAUCUUUAAUACGGUACCGGUACCGGUACCGGUACCAAUUUAUUGCCUUCGAUUUGUUUUUUUAUAUUUGUUUAAAUGCCGAUUUUCAGUUUCGAUUUUCUGAUUUCUGUAUUUGGCUAAAUAUAUGCUCCUAAAUCUACUGGCUAGAUUUAUUAAAUCGCACAAAGUUUCAUCUCUUUUUAAUAUCAAUAAAAUGUCAAUGUAUGAUGGCCCUAUUGUGGUCAUUUUGGGUGCCACUGGAGCUGGAAAGUCAAAACUUGCUUUAGAUAUUGCUAGCAGGUUAAAUGGAGAAAUUAUUAACGCAGACUCAAUGCAAGUUUACAAAGGUUUGGACAUUGUUACUAAUAAAGUUACACCGGAAGAACUAAAAAUAUGUAAGCAUCAUUUAAUUGGGUUUCUAUCACCUCUGCAAGAAUACACAGUAAUUGAUUUUCAAAGACAAGCUCUAAAAGCAAUAGAAAAAAUACAAUGUCGCAGAAAAUUACCAAUAAUAUGUGGUGGUACAAACUAUUACAUUGAAGCAAUCCUGUGGGAGUUUUUGACACCGACAAAUAAGGAACAAUUAAGAAUUGAUGACACUUCAGUGCGGCAAAUUGAUGAUAAUUCUAAAAAGGAAUUAGAGGUUCUUUCAUCAACGGAAUUAUAUGAAAUUCUAGAUAAAGCUGAUCCAGAAAGAGCUUUAUCACUUCACCCACACGAUCGCCGAAAAAUUAUCCGAUCUAUCGAAGUUUAUCGACAAUCUGGACAAAAGCACAGUGAUAUUUUAAAACUACAGACUGGCGAUCAACGAAUCGGUGGACCACUACUUUUUGAAAACACUUGUUUAAUAUAUGUUGAUUGUGAUAAAGAAAUACUGAAUGAAAGAAUAAAUAAAAGAGUGGAUAAAAUGGUAGAAACAGGAUUAAUUGACGAACUGAAACUUUUUCAUAAGGAUUAUAAUAAAGACCGCCUGCAAAGUGGUUUACAAGCCGACUAUGAGCGUGGAAUAUUUCAAAGUAUUGGUUUUAAAGAAUUUCAUGAUUAUUUAACAAAAGAAGUUUCUGAUAAUAAUGAAAGAAAUGUUUUAUUAAAUGAAUCAAUUGAACGAAUGAAAAUAUCGACUCGACAAUAUGCAAAAUAUCAGAGAAAAUGGAUAAGAAAUCGAAUAGUGAACAGAGAAAAUGGCCUUCCUGUUUAUGCAGUUGAUUCUAGCGACCCUUCUAUUUGGGAUAAAACAGCACUUUUUUCAUCUUUGAAAUUAUUACAUACAGCUUUACAAUGGGGUGAAUGGGUUGAGAAUAUCAACAAAAAUAAUGAUAUUUUCAAACUAGAAGAAUUGAAAAAUAUUGUUAAUAUUGAACCAAUGACAGCAGAAAGCAAUACUGAUCUAUCGCCUCGAGUUAAAAGAGUUUGUCAUAUAUGUAAUGGACAGAUUUUUAUUACUGAUAAAGAAUGGCAAAUCCAUAUAACGUCAAAACGUCACAAAAAAAUUCAAGCAAGUCAGAAACGAAAAUUGAAAAAUACUGUAAAUAUACUUUCAAAUCAUGAAAAACAACUGCAAAAAAAGGCAAAAGAAACUCCAACUGAAUCAACAGCAAAUGAUGAGUAAUAUCAUGGUUUAGAAUUAAAUUGCCAUGCUCAUUUGGUAUUUUGUACACUGUAGAUUUGUAGAUUCACCUUUUAUAAUACAAUACUUAUGUAAUUGUAUCUUCCAAAAUUUUUAUGAAAAUGAAUGUGUGUGAUAUGAAAAUGCUGGCUAGAAUUUGGAUUUGUGAGAUCUCUCUAAUUCCUUUUCUGUUUCUUGGCCACUUCUAUUAGAAACUUCCUUGAAAGAACAUCAAUUGUUUUUGAUUUUAUGUUUAGCAAUUUUAGUCAUAUUUCUGGGACACUUGCCAAAAAUAUGUAAAAUUUACUGAAAUCAAAGUCAUUUGUCAUCAUUAUACCCUAUUUUAUUGUAUUUUUUCAUACAAAUCACUGUCUAUUAUAAUUAAGAUAAAAAGGGUAGUUUAUCUUAUACCUUAGUCCUUAG